GUGAAUAGACUUUCGUUCCCACUUUCUUUAACCCUUUCUUGGGUUCAGUCGGAAAAUGCAAAGAAGUUGGAGAUUUUUGUGCGCUCUUGAAAUUAAUUAAAGAAUUUGCUUUGCCAAAGGUGAGGUCUUAAGUCGGUCUCUCAGGCAAUUUCCUUGCAAUUACAUCCCCAUUGUUCAUUUCUUCAUACACUUCAAACUUCAAACUCCUUUUCCAAUUUCACACUAGUUGCAUCACCCAAUUUUCUUAGUAUAUAAUCAAUUAAACACACCACACACCCAACAAAACAAAACCCCUUGUAAUCGUAAUUGCAAUAACAAGAAUCAAGAAGCUCCAACAAUCAUGGCAUCUCUAUUCUCGUACAAAAACUUGUUCAAGAUGAUAACCUUUCCAUGUCUAACUACUCCCAGGCCCAAACCAUUACCAUUACCGGCACCGGCACCUCUUAUUGGGCCUCCCGGCCCAAAAGUCGAAAACGGGCUGAAAGACGUUUUCGAUCACUUGGACGUUGACAAAGACGGGAAGAUCUCGAGCAGUGAACUAACGGACUACUUUGCGUCGGUUGGUGAGUCGGUGAGUCAUAAAGUGGCGGAGAGAGUGAUAAACGAGUUUGACUCGGACGGUGACGAGUUGCUGGAUUUCGGGGACUUUGAGAAACUGAUGAAGCAAGAUGAGAGUAAGGAUGUGGAGGAUGUUCUACGAAGCGCGUUCGAGAUGUUCGAGGUUGAGAAAGGGUGUGGCUGCAUAACUCCAAAGGGGUUGCAACAAAUGUUGCGGCAACUCGGAGAUGUGAAAUCGCAUGAUGAGUGUGUGGCCAUGAUUCGACCCUUCGAUCUUGACGGCAAUGGCUUCCUUGAUUUUCACGAAUUUCAGCAGAUGAUGUCCCCAACUUGAUUCUUUCUUAGCUUUGUUUACUUUGGUUUCUCUCUCUCCCUUUCUCUCUCUCCAAACAAUGUGUAAAAUGAGAGUGAAUGCUUUCUUGACGGAAGAUAAAGAAAGAAACGCAGUUUCCUGUGUCA